ACCUAAAGUGAGAGAGAGAGCGAGAGGGAGAGAGAGAGGGAGAGAGAGACAUAGAGAGAGGGAGAGAGAGAGACAUAGACAUAGACCUAGAGAGAGAGAGAGAGAGAGAGAGAGAGAGAGAGACAUAGACCUAGAGAGAGAGGACCAGACGUCCGUUGGCAGUUGAGUCGCUCCUCGGCUCGAUCGAUCGCUCUCGGAGGAAGAGGAGGGAACCCGGCGAGAGGACGGAGGAGGAGGAGGAGGAGGAGAGCACAGCGAAGAAGGAGAAUUUUGGUUCAUUUUGUAUGGGACUUCUCUCCUUCCUAUCGCUCCCACCCUCCCCCCCACCCGGACACACACACACACACACACACACACACACAACAACCACCCCAGAGGGUCUUCCUCGCCCGCAGUGCCGAUGCCUGGUCCCGGGGGCUCUGCAUGUUGAACUUGAUGGGUGUUUUAAACUCGACCUCCGCCAAUGUCUCCUGCACGUGUAACUGCCAGCGCCUCACCUCCCUCCAGAGCAUGGAGAUCACCCAGCUGGAGUUCGUCCAGAUCCUGGUGAUCGUGGUGGUGAUGAUGGUGAUGGUGGUGGUCAUCACCUGUCUGCUGAACCACUACCGCCUAUCGGCGCGCUCCCUCCUGUCCGGACACGCCCCCGCUCGCAGGAGACACCUGCCAUUGGCCAACGAGGGGAGUCUCUGUUCCUCUGAGACAACGGGGACGACCAGCAGUCUGAACGAGCACCAGGUGUACAACACCCGCCCUCCCGACAGAGGGGUCCACCCGUCCUACAUGCGGCGGGAGCCUCAGCAGUCCCAGACCCAGUCCCAGACCCCGUCCCAGACCCAGACCCAGACCCAGUCCGGGCCUCCGCUCCAGUCCCAGCGCUUCCAGCACACGUACGCCCCGAGUCGCUUCCAGCCGACCUACCCCUACCUGCCCCAGAGCCUCAUUGAUCUCCCCCCCACCAUCUGCCUGUCGGACGGGGAGGAGCCCCCCCCCUAUCAGGGACCCUGCACCCUGCAGCUCCGGGACCCGGAGCAACAGAUGGAGCUGAACCGCGAGUCGGUCCGAGCGCCGCCCAACCGGACGGUGUUCGACUCGCACCCCAUCAACAGGGCCAGCUCCUGUCUGCAGGCCAGUCUGCAGGCCCCUCCCCCCAGCGUCCACUCUGGCGUCAGCGUGCUGGAGGCCCAGGAGGCCUCGUCCCGCCAUCACAAGCAGGGCCCUCGGGUGGAAGGGGCCCCCCCGACCUACAGCGAGGUGAUCGGCCACUACUACCACCCAACCUCCCUCAGCCACGGCCAUCGGACGCCGUCGGCCCCGCCCCCGUCCUCGCUCAUACACGGCCUGCUCCGCCCGCCGCCCCAGCAGCGGGCCGGCCCGGGCAGCGCAAGCGCGAAGAAUACCAAGGAGAAAUCCCAGAAGCCCCAGCAAGUCUGACGGUCCCGCCUCCUCCUCCCGAGGAUUGGAUCUGUCGCCCUGCUCAGGAAGCGCUCAGCAGCAGCCGGAGGGGAACUACCGGGGCGAAAGGGUAAAAAUGGCCGAAAGGCCUGGAUGGCGUUGGUGGCAUUUGGCGUGAGGUCAGCGGUCUGCGAUGGGCCGCGGGGAGCAGUGGGGGUAAAGAACUCCCGGUGAGAAACAUUGGCACUUCCUGCUCCGCGGCCUCUCAUCCCUGUUGAGAGGAAGCACUUCAGACGAACCCGCGCCGGUGAUGUCAGAGGACGCGAAGCUCCUCCUCCGUCUGACUGAUCGAACUUCAUCCAACUCUUAUAAAUAUUUACUCGUUCUGUUUGUUUCUUUAGAACUUCCUGCCUGUUUGUUGGUUGUGUUUUUUUUU